GAUAGGUGGACCAGUUACAAUCUUUUAGAUAAAUCUUUUAUAGAUCUUCAGCAGAUGUUUGUACAGUCUAGCAGAGGAUGUGGUGAAUUGAGGAGGAGUCCAGUUGUGGGGCAGUGGGGUCUGGGGGGCGUAUUUGAAUCUGACUUUAGGUAAAUAAAAUGAGGCGAUAAAACCAGACCCCAACAAAUUUGAAGAUAGAGAGAGAAGAGAUCAGAUCUUCACACACCUGCUGAGAACAUGAAGAUAAGCCAUGUAUUUUUGGUCCUGGGUUUCGUCCUGAUCAUGGCGCUCUACUCAGACGCUAUCCCUUUAAGCCUUGAUCCUGUUUCUUGCUGUUUCACCUUUUUCACUGGCAAAAUUCCUCCUGACAAAAUCCUGGAGGUUAAAAGGACAGACUCGCGCUGUUCACAGCAAGGCUUUAUAGUUACUACGCCUAGGUUCCCCAGCCUGUGUGCUCAAGAAGUCACUGUCAAUGAAAAUGUUACUCCACCUUAAGCUAAACUCCACACAGACACAACCUAAUAAUCUUCAAGCUAUACCCAUUUAUUCACAGUGUACCUUUUUAUCA